GACAUUACGCCGGACGGUAUUGUCAAUGUGGUUAAAAUAACUAAGAAUUCCAGAAUAUAUUUUAAAUAAUUCUUCUGUAAAUUAAAAUAUCAAGUAAUGAAAUAUUUUCAUAUUUCAUUGAAAGCAUAGGAUUACAAUAAGAAUUAAUAUUUUAUUCAUUUUCCGGCUUUCUGUUGAUUACUGUAUUUUUUUCAUGAAUAAUUCAUAACAAAUAUUGAUGAGAAGCGUGGCAACAAUGAUAAAUACUUAUGGCUGAUGGCGUAAAGUAUGAGGUACAAACGUAAAUAAUUUCGAGAUACAUUUUCAUUUUUCAUUAAUUUUUUAUUGUUUUAAUUGUGAUUAAGCUUUAUGUAAGAUUUUAAUAAAUAGUGGUGCGUAUAGUUGUUAAUGUUACAGAUAUGUCUAAAAAUAAGAUAGUGAGAUCCUGUGACACAAAAAUUGAAGUGAAAAGUAAAUUUGAUGCGGAAUUUAGAAGAUUUAGUGUGGAACGUAAUUCCCAAAUAAAAUUUGAAGACUUCAGAUCUCUUAUUGAACGUUUACACGGCCUGAAAGAGACGCCAUUUUUAGUUUCCUAUAUAGAUCCCAGCGAUCAAGAUUUGCUUCCUAUAAAUAACGACGAUAAUCUAAGGAGAGCGCUUUUCAAUGCUAAACCAUUGCUCAGAGUUAUAAUACAAAGAAAAGGAAAUAGUUUAGAAGAACUGAACGGUUAUGGUACGCUGAAGCCUAGAAAUUUAAUAUCUACCAUAUUAGGUGGAACACCAGCUAAAACGAAAACACUUCCUAUUUCAAAUCCCCACGAUUUUAGGCAAGUUUCAGCUAUUAUAGAUGUAGAUAUUGUACCAGAAACAUGCAGGAGAGUUAGGCUACUGAAGCACGGGUCAGAUAAACCUUUGGGGUUUUACAUAAGAGAUGGUACAAGUGUAAAAGUUACACAAAACGGUCUUGAAAAGAUUCCCGGUAUAUUUAUCUCACGAUUAGUGCCUGGAGGUCUUGCAGAAUCCACAGGACUUUUAGCUGUUAAUGACGAAGUCCUGGAAGUCAACGGUAUAGAAGUUGCUGGUAAGACUCUUGACCAAGUCACUGAUAUGAUGGUAGCAAAUAGUUCAAAUUUAAUAAUAACCGUCAAACCGGCAAAUCAAAGGACAGUGGGGCCUCCAAGGAGAGGAAGUUUCGGAAGAAGUUCACAUAUGUCCAGUGGAUCACAUCACUCAAAUACUACAGCCGGUUCAGAUCCAGAAGAUAAGUAUGAUCAGGAUGAAAUUGUCGAUCUUACAGCUGGAAUAACUAUAGAAGAGAAUCAAACGAAAGAUGAUGGAAUUCUUCACCUAUGAGACGAGAAGAUUGAUGAAGAUAAAUUGUACAUUCCAAUUACACUGGCAAUUAUAUCUUAAUAGGUAUUAUAAUUAGUAAUAUUUAAGACUUGGUAUUUUUUUAACAGUAUUUAUAUAGUGUCCUGACUUGACGAUCCGUCCCUUAUGUGCCUCUUUCGUGUACAGGGUGUUUUUAUUACUUCGCCUUUCGUAAAAAAGAUAUUCCAAGCGCGUUUUAUUGAAUAUGUAGAUGUUUGUGGAAGUUGAUAACAGUCUGAUAGCUUUUUGAAUUUGAUCGUAGUACAUGAUUAUUCAGAUUGAUACUGAAGCUUAUAGUUUUAAAGAUUUUGUAUUUUAUAACUUUCUAGUUGGCUUACACACAGAAUCUACAAAAAUAAUUGAAUAGAAAAACCAAAAAUCAAUAUUUUAUGCCCUAAUUUUAUUUAAUGUGUCUAGUAUUUGUUUAUAGUAUAUUCGCAGUCGAAUAUGCACUUAAUAUAUGUUAUGAAAAGUAAUUUUAAUAAUUCUUUGAAUGUGAAUGAUUUUUAAAUUUGUUUCUGGGGCAUUACUUUUUUGUAAACUUUUAGUAUUUUCAUGUGAAAACUUUAGAAAUUAAUUUUGGACCAAUUCAAAUAAAUAUUAUGAAUACUGGGCGAAUCUAAAUUAUAUUAUACUGCUGCUAUAUUACCACCUUGUACGUUUACAAAAUUUUAAACUUGUGACGUCCUCUAAUUCUUUUUAUUUAUUAUAUUGAAUUUUAACUGGAUGUGCCUAUCAAAACGUUGUAGAUGUCACAAUAUCUUAUGAACCUCGAUAUUUUCGAGGAAGUUGUUUACAGUUUACAUAAUCUCAUUAUAAAAAAUUGUUAGUAACGAUCUUUGUAUUGGUUUGAUAUGAUUGAAUCAUAAAAAUAAAUUUACUUCAAAUAGGAGGGUAGUUCGUUAGUACACAAAAACAAAGACUGUUAGAACUAAAAAUACUUCUGUUGAUACAUAAUUUUGAAUAUUAAUCAAGUCCUGAGAUUCUUUUGUAUUCAAUUUUAUUCAAUAAUCUUUCCUCGGGAAUUUUAUAUGUGAUCUGUAGGUAUUCCAAUUGUAGUAUUGAUGUCGGAUGAAGACUCAUGCAUCUUCAUCGAUUAGCUUUAUCGAUUGCUAUAGUGAAACAUUGGAAAUCUGUAAAGUUAUUAUAUUUUUUGGCUGAAAAGUGUCAAUUUUCUGUCAAGUUCCUUAAUUUGAUCAGUAAUACCAUAAAAAAUAUUCAUGUGUCUUAAUUCCUAAUAUUAUUUAUGCUUUGAGAUUCUUUAACACCUUAUUUUGUUUAAUAAUCUGGCUUUGGGAAUUUCAUUUGUAAACUGUAGCCAAUCCUAUCACUGUAAUUGUACCAAUUUUUCAAAAAUUCAUUUUUAUUCACUAGUUUUUGAUUUUAAGCUUUCAAAACUUGUGGUUUACUGUAGUAAAGCUUGUUAAUUACUAAAUACAUUGAAAAUAUGCCAAAUUAUUAUAUUUUUGAGCUCAAAAGUCAUUUUCCAGUUUCCAUUUUCUGUUAAGUUUUCUAAUUUUAGCUAUAACCCUUUACGGAAUCUUGAAGUUUCUUAAUUUUGAAUAUUUUUUCUCUUCUAAGCCUCUAUUACCCUCCAUUUUGUUUAUUAAUCUUUUCUUAAGCAUGUAAUCUGUGCCUAUAAUCACUUUUUUUACCCCAAUAGUAGUAUGUUCCACAAUUAAUUUUUUUAAAGACUUAUUUCGCAUAUUUAAUAAUUAAUUUUUGGUUCGAAGAAUCAAAAGCUCUUUAUUUAUUAUAGUAAAGCUUAUUAACUACUAAAUACAUUGAAAAUUUGUCAAAUUAUCAUAUUUUUGAGUUAAAAAGUCAUUUCCAUCAUCAAUUUUCUACCAAGUUGUCUAAUUUUAUCAAUCAUACUCUAUCGGAUCUUAUUUAUGUCCAGGGUCUCUUUUGCUUUUUAAUUUCCUCGUAGAAUUCUUAUACUUUUUUAUUAGUGACCUGUAGACGUUCCUACUUAGUGUAUUUGUAGUAUUUAAAAAAAAAUUAAUUGUUUUAUAUAUAUUUUCUCCUGAAUCAAUGAUUUUUAUAUCUAUUUUAAUAAAUAAUAUUUUUUUAUCCAGAACUACUGGCUUUCAAAGCUUACCAUCCAUUAUAACGGAUACUCUCCAUGAAAAUUAAAAGAUUUUAAAUGAUUUUAACGUAUCAAACUUAAAUACUCAUGAUAAUCGGCAUUAGAACCUUAAUUUUUUUAAAAAUAUAUAUUAAGUUUUAGUUAGUAUUUUAUAUAAUUGUUAUAUAUUGUUGAGAGUGUAAAUUUUAUGAAAAACCUUUCCAAAAUGAAAUUAAAAAGCAGAAUUUGCGAAUUCAACAGUAUAUGUUAGUAAUUUUUAGAAAAAAAUUGUGUUCGAUGUCAAAAAUGCAUGACCGUGAUGGUCAUAUUACUCUGGUUUUUAUCUACUAUCGAUUAUAAUGAAUACUCACACAAACUCAAAUGGUUUUAUCGUUUUGAGUCUUAUCAGUAUUGUCGAGACCCCAUAAUAUCCACUUAAUCCAAGAUCUGUUCUUUGGUUAACUCGAAAUUUUUAUUAAGUGAUUUUAUGAAUUGUAUUUUUGACAUCGUAUAAUUGAAUCUGUGAAUUAUCUUGUACUUAAUUAUAUUUUCUCGCAGCUCGUCUGUUUUAAGGACUAUUACAUUUUUUUGUAUCUUUAUAUCCAUUGCUAUUACUAUUUAUUAUAUUUUUCACAAUUAUAUAUGGAAUAAAUUGUUUUAGAAUUAACUUGAUCAUACUGUAUAUUUAAUAUGGGGCAGUAUAUUGUUCUGCGAAUUCCAAAUACAAGAAACUUUAUUUUUAAUUU